AUCACGAUAUUUUCUGAAUCUAUCAACAGGGGCCAACUUAAGGAUACUAAUUUAGUCGAUUCAUCGGCUUCCAAGUUCGACUAUUGUAGAAAUCUUGAGUGGACUACUCUAAAUUAAAAACUUGUUUAGUUUUGUUUGUUUGACAUUUUUCUACAGUGUAAUGUUAGUUUAUUUAUCUAGUUUAUAAAUAUUUAUUUAUUUUAAAAUUAUAAAAAUGGACAUGUUAAACUUACUGAUAAAUCCAAAAUCUAUGAACAGAGUAUGUUUUUUGUGUUAUAAACAAAGCGAAAAUACUACCAAUUUACACGAAGAUAUUGAAAUACACGAUGAAUAUUUUAGUUUGAAUUUAACUUUAUGGAAUAUUAUGAAAAAGUUAUUUCCAUCUCACGAUUUAUUUCUACCACAAGCAUGUGAUGACUGUGCAAGCCUAAUUAUUAAGUUGUUUAGCCUCAUGCAAAGGAACUAUUUCAAAAAUGAAAUGUUGAACCUCCUUGUAAAUAAUAUUAACGAAGAAGUUGACAACAAAAUGGUAUGUGAACGACAACCAAAAAAGUACAAAUUAAGGGUGCAAUUACCUACUGGUGAGAGCAUAAUAAAUAAUACUAAAGAACAGCUUAAUAGUUUAAUAGCUGUAAACUGUUCAAAAUGUGAUAUGAAAUUCAAAUCUAAAGUAUUACUUGAGAAACAUUAUAAAAUUACUCAUAAGAAUACAAGUUCUGCUAGAAUCUGUGAUAUUUGUGGCAAAGAACUAAAAAAUAAUUCAACAUUAAAAGUCCAUUUGGGCGGCCAUAAAAGAAAGCAAUGUCCCCAUUGUUUUAAAGUAUUGAAAUCUCACUCGCAUUUCAAUUUGCAUUUGAAAAAUCAUGUUGCGUUAACAAGAAGGAAACGAAAAUCAAAAUUAUACGACUGUGGUAGUUGUGACUACCAAAGUAUGAACAAAAACAGUUUAGAAGCCCAUAUUAAUAAGGUCCAUUUAAAUAUCAGGCCUUAUAAAUGUAACGAGUGCGGAAAAGGCUUUUAUAAGAAGAGCAACUUAACUCAGCAUUUUGUUACUCAUGAAAAAGUGAAGGAUAAAACGUGUGAGAUUUGUGGAGACACAUUUGUCAAUGAAAAAACUUUAUUUGAACAUUUAAUGUUGCAUUCUGGCCAGAAACCUUUUAAAUGUGAGAUUUGCGGUGCUGACUUUAUAACCUCAGGUCGAAGACUUGAGCAUAUGAAGAGAAAACAUAUGGAAAAGACAGAAUGUUGUGUAAUUUGUGAUAAGAAAUUCAGUUUGAAGAAAAAUCUUAAUUCGCAUUUAAGAAAAGUGCAUGGUACAUUAUGUUUUGAAACUUGAUUAUUAUUUUUAUUACCCACACAAGGUUUUUGCAAAUAAAUCUAUCUUUAUGUUUGAUAAGGCACAAACUGAAUGAGUGUAAAUCGUCUUAAGCAAUUAUUUUAUAGUUUCAGUAUUUGUUCCAUGUAUUAUUUUUUAAUUGUUACAUAAGUUAUUAGGUUGGCAGCUGUUUGUAUUAUUUCUAGUCUUAUAAGAAAAAGUAUUAUGUACGAAAGUGUAUGGCCAACUGUUUAUAAUUAAUUGCUUCAUUUAAUUCAUGCUAUCAAGUUUAGUUACGACAUAAAAUGUAAGCUCACGCUAUUCAUCGCUAGAUGUCGGUAGUAAAACUUAUCAAGGCAGCAUAGUUUAUAUUACGUACGGGUUGAAAUUGUAUAUAAUAAAUUUCCAUAUUCCCAUUGAAACAAGCCCACGAUGAAAGGAAACUCCUAGGUCCUUUCUUCGGGGAAAAAAAAACAUGUUUAACUGUAGCUUAGAUUUAUUUUUAUAAAAAAAUAAGGUACAAAAGGACACUUCAUAUUUUCAACAAAGAAUUGUCAAAUUUACUCCUCUAUGCCUCUAUCCUAUACAAUAAAUAUACAAAAUACGGCAGUGUAAUGAGUAUUAUUAAUUAAAAACUAUUACAAGCAA